UGUACCGACGGGGAGAGUCGGAGUUGUUGUGUGUCGAUUUUCAAGAAAUAUUAGUAAAUUGGAUUGCAAAAUUGCCUUUCUUGAGAGUUUUGUGUACAUGACAGCUAAAUAAUGGAUAAAAUACCUAGGACGCACGAAGCAAUUGAAGCCCAAAUAAGGGAGAUUCAGUCAAAGAAAAAUGAGCUACCAGAAAAUGGCGCCAAUAAUAAAGGUGUCUCGCUUGGGGAUGCGUCCUACUACGAUAGUGAUAUUUAUGACAAUGCUGGGCAAGGCGGCAAAUCGCGGUAUGAUGGCUAUGUAACGUCCAUUGCUGCUAACGACGAGGUAGAAGAUGAAGAUGUCGAGAAUGUGCCUAUUUCUCAGAAGAGACCUGGAUAUACAGCACCAGCCUCACUACUCAAUGAUAUUGCACAGAGUGACAAGGAUUAUGACCCCUUCGCAGAUAAAAGGAGGCCAACCAUCGCAGAUAGAGAAGAUGAUUAUCGUCAAAAGAGGCGCAGGUUAAUUAUAUCACCACCUCGUAUGGACCCUUUUGCUGAAGGUGGCAAGACACCAGAUGUUGGAUCCAGGACAUACACAGAAAUUAUGAAAGAGCAAUAUCUCCGUGCAGAGGAAACUGAACUAAGAAAAAAACUUCUAGAAAAAGCAAGGGAGGGUACUUUGAAGCCAGUGGCACAAUCUAAUGGAGAAGCAGCCAAACCAGCUCAGAAGCGCAAGGGACGCUGGGAUCAGAGCUCUGAUGAGACACCGGUUGCUAAGAAGGUUGUUUCAUCCACACCUAGCUCUCAAGCUACACCUUCCUGGGAUCAAGAGAGAGGUGCUUGGGAAGAAACCCCAGGGGCGGGCGCUCGCGGUGGUGAGACCCCGGGUGCUACGCCCUCCGCCCGCGUGUGGGACGCCACCCCCGGACACCUCACGCCUGGACAUGCCACGCCCGGUCGGGAGACUCCGGCGCAACACACCUCCAGGCGAAACCGUUGGGAUGAGACACCAAAGACAGAUAGGGAAACCCCUGGCCACAACAGCGGGUGGGCGGAGACCCCUCGCACGGACCGCGGCGCCGGCGUGGACACGAUCCAGGAAACGCCGACGCCGGGCACCAAGCGGCGCUCGCGCUGGGACGAGACGCCCGGCGCUACGCCCGCCGCCGCUACGCCCACGCCCUCGCACGCCACGCCUUCGCACGCGACGCCCUCACACGCCACGCCCUCGCAUGCCACCCCUACGCCGCAUACGCCUGUUUUCACACCAGGAGGGUCUACACCGGUGGGAGUGAAAGCCAUGGGUAUGGCGACGCCGACGCCCGGGCACAUCGCCGCCAUGACGCCGGAGCAGCUGCAAGCUUACCGCUGGGAGAAGGAAAUAGACGAGCGCAACAGACCUUACACCGAUGAAGAACUUGAUGCCAUGUUCCCUGCUGGGUACAAGGUUUUGCCUCCCCCGGCCGGUUACGUUCCGAUUCGGACGCCCGCUCGUAAGCUGACCGCAACGCCUACACCGUUGGCUGGUACCCCAAUCGGCUUUUUCAUGCAGACGGAGGAAAUGGGAGGGUCCGCGGCUGCGGCGGCGCGGCUCCUCGACCCGCAGCCCAAGGGUAGCCAGCAGCUGCCAUUCAUGAAGCCAGAAGACGCACAGUACUUUGAUAAACUGCUUAUUGACGUCGAUGAAGACACCCUCUCUCCCGAGGAACUCAAAGAGAGGAAAAUUAUGAAACUGUUGCUCAAAAUUAAGAACGGAACUCCUCCGAUGUGCAAGGCGGCGCUCCGUCAGAUCACGGACAAGGCGCGCGAGUUCGGGGCGGGGCCGCUCUUCAACCAAAUCCUGCCACUGCUCAUGAGCCCCACACUCGAAGAUCAAGAACGUCACUUGCUCGUCAAAGUUAUCGACAGGAUUCUCUAUAAACUGGACGAUUUAGUACGGCCUUACGUGCACAAAAUUCUGGUGGUGAUCGAGCCUUUACUCAUCGACGAAGACUACUACGCCCGCGUGGAGGGUCGCGAGAUUAUCUCCAACCUAGCGAAGGCGGCCGGCCUGGCCACUAUGAUCUCCACGAUGAGGCCCGACAUCGACAACAUCGACGAAUACGUCAGAAACACCACCGCCAGGGCCUUUGCUGUCGUCGCCUCUGCUUUAGGUAUACCAUCACUCCUGCCGUUCUUGAAGGCCGUGUGCCGUUCGAAGAAGUCUUGGCAGGCGCGACACACCGGCAUCAAGAUCGUGCAACAGAUUGCCAUCCUGAUGGGGUGCGCCAUCCUCCCGCAUCUCAAGUCCUUGGUUGAGAUCAUUGAACACGGUCUCGUUGACGAACAGCAGAAAGUCCGUACGAUCACUGCUUUGGCCAGCGCCGCUCUCGCCGAAGCCGCCACCCCUUACGGUAUCGAGUCAUUCGACUCUGUGCUCAAGCCGUUGUGGAAGGGUAUCCGCACGCACCGUGGUAAAGGUCUCGCCGCUUUCCUGAAGGCCAUUGGCUACCUCAUCCCGCUCAUGGACGCUGAAUACGCCAACUACUACACAAGAGAAGUGAUGCUCAUUCUCAUCCGUGAAUUCCAGUCGCCUGACGAGGAAAUGAAGAAGAUUGUGUUGAAGGUAGUGAAGCAGUGUUGCGGCACCGACGGCGUGGAGCCGCAGUACAUAAUGGACGAGAUUCUCCCGCACUUCUUCAAGCACUUCUGGAACCACCGCAUGGCGCUCGACCGACGCAACUACCGGCAACUGGUCGACACCACUGUCGAAAUUGCUAACAAAGUUGGAGCGUCAGAGAUCAUAAACAGAAUCGUAGAUGACCUGAAGGACGACAAUGAGCAAUACAGAAAGAUGGUGAUGGAGUCCAUCGAGAAGAUCCUCGCGAACCUGGGCGCCGCUGACAUCGACUCCAAGCUUGAAGAAGCACUUAUUGACGGCAUACUCUAUGCAUUCCAAGAACAGACCACUGAGGAUGUGGUGAUGCUGAACGGGUUCGGUACGAUAGUGAACCAGCUCGGGAAGCGUGUGAAGCCGUACCUGCCUCAGAUCUGCGGUAUCAUCCUGUGGCGCAUGAACAACAAGUCGGCAAAGGUGCGCCAGCAGGCCGCCGACCUCAUCUCCCGCAUCGCCGUCGUCAUGAAGACUUGCCAGGAGGAAAAAUUGAUGGGGCAUUUGGGUGUAGUCUUAUACGAGUACUUGGGUGAAGAGUAUCCCGAAGUGCUGGGUUCGAUUCUUGGAGCUUUGAAGGCGAUCGUGAACGUUAUCGGCAUGACAAAAAUGACGCCACCCAUCAAAGAUCUCUUACCUAGACUGACGCCGAUUCUAAAGAACAGGCACGAGAAAGUGCAGGAGAACUGCAUCGACCUGGUGGGCCGUAUCGCGGACAGAGGUCCGGAGUUCGUCUCCGCCAGGGAGUGGAUGAGGAUAUGUUUCGAACUGCUAGAGCUGCUGAAAGCACACAAGAAGGCCAUCAGAAGAGCUACCGUCAACACGUUCGGUUACAUCGCCAAAGCUAUCGGUCCACACGACGUGUUAGCCACGCUGCUCAACAACUUGAAAGUACAGGAACGACAGAACAGAGUAUGUACAACAGUGGCCAUCGCUAUCGUAGCGGAGACAUGCUCGCCCUUCACGGUGUUGCCAGCUCUAAUGAACGAGUACAGAGUGCCAGAACUGAACGUGCAGAAUGGCGUGCUCAAGUCUCUGUCUUUCCUUUUCGAAUAUAUCGGCGAGAUGGGCAAGGAUUACAUCUACGCCGUGUGCCCGCUGCUAGAAGACGCACUUAUGGACAGAGAUUUGGUCCAUCGACAAACAGCAUGCGCAGCAAUAAAGCACAUGGCGCUGGGAGUGUUCGGGUUCGGUUGCGAAGACGCGCUGGUGCAUCUUCUGAACCACGUGUGGCCGAACAUAUUCGAGACCUCGCCACAUCUGGUGCAAGCCUUCAUGGACGCCGUCGAGGGCAUGCGCGUCGCACUGGGGCCCAUCAAGAUACUGCAAUAUGCUUUACAGGGAUUGUUCCACCCCGCGAGGAAGGUCCGCGACGUGUACUGGAAGAUCUACAACACGCUCUAUAUCGGCGGACAAGACGCGCUCGUCGCCGGCUACCCGCGGAUACAGAACGACCCCAACAACCACUACAUUAGAUACGAACUAGACUACAUGUUGUAAACCUUAGUUAUUAUUAUUAUAUGUAUAGAGUGUCGUAA